CUUCCUUCCUUCUCGAGCUUUAAUUUCUUCUUCGUCUUCCAAAUUCCUCCAAUCCUCCGCCAUCGGAGCUCGUCGUCGCCUCCUCACUGUAAAUAAAUCGCUGCCUUCUUUGGAUCAACAUCUCAAGGGAGGAAGCUUCCUUUUUAAUACAUGCGUCAUGGACGCCAACAGUACCUUCGAUUCUGAUUUGAUUCACGCCAUUUUCAAGCACAUUUGGGCCCGAAGGUUUCGCGAAAGGGAGAGGAGCGAUGCCAUUGAUGCUACUGAAGCUGAGGUUGCUCUGGGAACAACUAAGAAGAACAGACUUGCUUCUGCUAACGCAAAUGCUUUAAAGCUCAGCUGUGAACUUCUCAAGAGUUUUGUCUCAGAGGCUGUGCAGCGAGCUGCUAUAAUCGCUGAAGCUGAGGGAAUGGAAAAGAUUGAAGCUACUCAUUUAGAGAGGAUUCUUCCCCAGCUUCUUUUGGACUUUUAAAGCUAGUCCCAAGCACUGGCUUUGUUGGCAACUUGAAAUUAUCGCCACUCUCAUUAUCGUGAUCAAAUGCGUACUCUUCUCUCCAGCUAGUCUCAAGCACUGACUUUGGUGAAGAAUUUAAAGGACUAGCUUCAUACCAAGGUUUCGACACUUCGAAAGCACUAGAAAACGUAGGAGUUCCUUCUCUUACAAAAAAUAACAUAUACGCAUUUGUUGAUAGAACAUCAUCUUCGCUGAUUCUUGUGACCUGCCAAGAAAAACUUGCAUUUAUUUAACACCCUUCAGAGA